UAACUGCGGAAUCAAAAGUUUAUCACCAUGCACGGACCUGGAAUCGACUUUCACAAGUUUUGACCCGUGCGGGCACCCGUAUGAUCAACUUGUUACCAAGGCAGCCAGGAAGAAGCUGUGAAGCUCCGGACGACAGAAAUGGACGUCCAAACAGGCUGAGUCCUCUUUGCAGCCUUCGCCAUGGGCACCGCAUCCUCUCUGGUCAGCCCAGGAGAAGUGAUCGAGGACGGCUAUGGGGGUGAAGGUGGGGAAGCCUGCGAGAUCCCGGUGGAGGUGAAGCCCAAAGCCCGACUCCUGCGCAGCUCCUUCCGCAGAGGACCUCGGGUGAUCGGGGCCAGUUUCAAGUCCACCGGCUCCGUGGACCUCGAGUACGCGGCGGAGUACGAGAGACUGCGCAAAGAGUACGAGAUCUUCCGUGUCAGCAAGAAUAACGAGAUAACGUCCAUGCAAAAGAAGGAGGCCAAGCUGGACGAGGAGAACAAGAGGCUGAGGGCUGAGCUACAGGCUCUGCAGAAAACCUACCAGAAGAUCCUCAGAGAAAAAGAGAGUGCUCUGGAGGCAAAGUACCAGGCGAUGGAGCGGGCUGCAACUUUUGAACAUGACAGGGACAAAGUAAAACGACAGUUUAAGAUUUUCCGAGAGACAAAGGAGAAGGAGAUCCAGGAUCUGCUUCGGGCCAAAAGGGACCUGGAGGCCAAACUGCAGCAGCUGCAGGCACAGGGAAUCCAAGUGUACGACCCCAAUGAUUCUGACUCGGAUGACAACCAGACCACUGUUACUGCUGCAGGGACACAAUGUGACUACUGGACUGGUGGUGUGCUGGGAAGUGAGCCCUCUAUGGGUAGUAUGAUGCAGUUGCAACAGACCUUCCGGGGACCAGAGUUUGCGCACAGUCUGAUAGAUGUGGAGGGACCCUUUGCAAAUGUCAGCAGAGAUGACUGGGAUGCAGCAGUGGCCAGUCUGCUUCAGGUCUCCCCUCACGUGCCACAGGCCUUAUGGAGUAACACAGUGCGCUGCUACUUAAUCUUUACCCAGGAGACCAAAGCUGAGCUGGAUAUCUUUAUUAAGAAACACUCUCCUGGGCUGCGGAGGAUGUGUGAGGGUCUGGGUCAUUUCUACUUGAACGUCUGCUUCCCAGAGGAAAGUGCUGCCUCGUGUGCUGUGGAGCGCAUGCAGGAGAUCGAAAGGAGCUCUGUGUGUGUGCUCCUAAUCAAAUCUACUGUCACUAGUUCUGUGGUGGAGGAUUGUGAGGAGGCUUUUGUGAAAAAUCCAGAUGGCCAUCCACUGGUGCUCUACCUCAGGACCGAAGAAGGUCACAGUUUGACUGGACCCGCCAGACAAAUGCUGGAAAGGGUCAAUGCUGCAGACAAGGCAGCCAAAGUCAAGGUUGUGGAUCACAGUGGCUCUGCAGAGGAUGGGGCUGAACUUAUUUAUGUUCAGCUAGAAAAAAUCAUCAAACAGGAGUUGCUGGGUCUUGAAGGAGCAGAUGUUGACUCUAAGGAUUCUGGGAUAGAGGAGGGGCGUGAGGAGGACUCUGGAGAUGUGCUCUGGGACCUGCAUGAUGAACAGGAACAGAUCGAGUCCUAUCAGCAGGCCUGUAGCAGCUCCACCUCUCAGUUAGGUUUCCAGAAGUAUAUAGAUCGUUUGAAUGACAUGAUAGCUGCUCCCCCUCCCACCCCUCCUCUGCUGGUGUCUGGUGGUCCAGGCUCAGGGAAGUCUCUCCUGCUCUCGAAAUGGAUCGAGUUGCAGCAGAAGCAGACUCCCAACACUUUGUUCCUUUAUCAUUUCGUUGGUCGCCCACUUUCCACAAGCUCAGAGCCAGUUCUUAUCAUCAAACGUCAUACAGUCAAACUGCUGCAGCAUUUCUGGUCCCUUUCUGGCUUGUCCAUGGAGCCCAGUAAGAUCUUGGAGGAGUUUCCUCGCUGGCUUGAGAGGCUUUCGUCGCGCCAUCAAGGAAACAUCAUCAUCAUCAUCGACUCCAUUGACCAAAUACAGCAAGCGGAAAGACACAUGAAGUGGCUGAUCGACCCUCUGCCUGUCAAUGUUAGAGUGGUGGUGUCUGUCAAUGUUGAGACGUGUCCACAGGCUUGGAGGUUGUGGCCCACACUCCACUUGGACCCUUUGAGUCCCCGAGAUGUCAGGAGUGUUGUCAAUGCAGAAUGCCAGAGCAUUGAUUUCAAACUUACCAAGGACCAGGAGAAGAAGCUGGAAAGACACUGUCGCUCUGCAUCCACCUGCAAUGCACUGUAUGUCACACUAUUGGCAAGGAUGAUCACCAGCAGUGGGUUGUGUUGGUCGCAGGAGAAGAGCGUGGACCAGUUUCUGCAGUGUCAGGACACCAUGUCCCUCUACCGCCUCGCACUCAAGAUGACGCUGAGCUCCCUCAGCACAGACAGAGAGCGACACAUCAUGAGAGAGAUAUUGUGCCUCGUAUGCGCCAGCCAUAAUGGAGUGAGUGAAUCAGAGGUACUAGACCUUUUCCCAGAGCUACAUUUACCUGUGCUGUCCUCUUUGCUGUACCGCCUGAACCGACUCUGCGUGGUAACCCUCCGUUGUGGGCUCAUUAGAUUCCAACACUUACAGGCGUGGGAAGCUGUGAGGUUAGAGUUUCUUGGUGGAGGAAGCAGCUCUGCGACUUACAGAGAGAAACUCAUUAAUUACUUCAGCCAACAACUAAGCCAGGACCGCGUGACGUGGCGUGUUGCCGAUGAGCCCUGGCUGCUCCAACAGCAGGAGGACAGGACUAAACUGCAGCUCAGCCUCUUGAACCUGUUUGUCUCCCAAAACCUCUACAAGAGGGGUCACUUCUCUGAGCUGCUGGCCUAUUGGCAGUAUGUGGGCAAAGACAAAAGCUCCAUGGCCAGUGAGUACUUUGACUCCCUGAAACACUACGAGAAGAGCUGCGAGAGUGAGGACAGCAUGACCAAGCUGGCGAACCUGUAUGAGACCUUGGGACGUUUCCUCAAAGACCUGGGGCUUGCAAGUCAGGCUGUAGCCCCUUUACAAAGGUCCCUUGAGAUCCGGGAGACGGCCCUGGAUCCAGAUCAUCCCAGUGUCGCGCGCUCCCUGCACCAGCUGGCCGGGGUUUACGUCCAGUGGAAGAAGUAUGGCAACGCCGAGCAGCUGUAUAAGCAGGCCAUGGAGAUAAGCGAGAACGCCUAUGGUGCCGAGCACGCCAGCGUGGCACGCGAGCUGGAGUCACUCGCCAUGCUCUAUCAGAAACAAAACAAGUAUGAACAAGCAGAGAAACUGAGGAAGAGGUCGGUGAAGAUCCGUCAGAAAACUGCUCGUCAGAAAGGUCACAUGUACGGCUUCACUCUGUUGAGGCGCAGAGCUCUGCAGCUGGAGGAGCUGACCCUGGGGAAAGACACCGCUGACUCUGCCAAGACGCUUAAUGAACUGGGCGUCCUGUACUACCUCCAGAACAACCUGGAUGCAGCCAAGGUGUUUUUGAGCCGCUCUCUGGAGAUGCGUCAGCGUGUCCUCGGUCCAGAACAUCCGGACUGCGCUCAGUCCCUCAACAACCUGGCGGCCCUGCACACUGAGAGGAAGGAGUAUGAGACAGCUGAGGGCAUGUAUGAGAGGGCGCUGGACAUCCGCAAGAAAGCCUUGUCUGCGGACCACCCCUCGCUGGCAUACACGCUCAAGCACCUGGCCAUGCUCUAUAAACGCAGAGGGAAGCUGGAGAAGGCUGCACCACUGUAUGAGCUCUCUCUGGACAUCAGGGAAAAAAGUUUUGGGCCCAAGCACCCCAGUGUGGCCACAGCACUCGUCAACCUGGCUGUGAUAUACUGCCAACUGAAAAAACACAGCGACGCCUUGCCUCUGUAUGAACGAGCACUGAAAGUGUACGAGGACAGUUUGGGGCGCUCACAUCCAAGAGUCGGAGAGACCCUAAAAAACCUGGCUGUGCUAAGCUAUGAAGAGGGCGACUUUGAAAAUGCAGCGGAGCUUUACAAACGUGCAAUGGAGAUUAAGGAGGCAGAGCCAUCGCUGGUUUGUGGAAAUGCCCCGUCCCGUCAUUCCUCCAGUGGGGACACGUUCAGUCUGAGGGGACCUGCUCCGCUCCCACAAGCCCCAAGCGCUGGUCAGUCAAACCCGACCUUCCUGAUAGAGACACCGUCACAGAGCUAUGUCCUCAGGAAGAAGCCCCCGGGUGAGCUGCUGCCAGGGGCCCACAAGGUAGACAGGGAGUACCGGGUGCAGAGGGCGCUGUGCUCCGCUGGUUUCCCUGUCCCUCAGCCUCUGCUACACUGCACUGAUGUUGAUGUCAUUGGAACAGAAUUCUACAUGAUGGAGCAUGUGAAGGGGCGUAUAUUCAGGGAUCUUCGUCUCCCUGGAAUGAGUCCAGUAGAGAGAACUGCUCUGUAUGUGGCUGCAGUGGAAGUGUUGGCAAAGCUACACUCACUGGACGUGGCAUCGCUCAACCUUGAAGGAUAUGGAAGAGGAGCAGGCUACUGCAAGAGACAGGUGUCCACCUGGACAAAGCAGUACACUGCAGCAGCCCACAGAGACAUUCCAGCCAUGAAUGAACUGUCUGAUUGGUUGAUGAAGAAUUUACCAGCCAAUGACAAUGAAGUCAUGCUCGUCCAUGGGGAUUAUAGAUUGGAUAACUUGAUAUUCCAUCCAACAGAGGCACGUGUGAUAGCAGUCCUGGACUGGGAGCUGUCUACCACUGGGCAGCCUCUGGCAGACUUGGCCUACUUCCUAAUGCCUCACUACUGGCCCAGAGGCCUCAACGUUGUCAGCACAUUAGGCAGCUUGAAAGGAAUAGAAGGUAUUCCAACUGUGGGUGAUCUGAUCUCCAUUUACUGCAGGUGCCGGGGGAUCCCGCCUGCUCUGCCACAGUUGAAUUUCUACGUGGCCUUGUCUUUCUUUAAAAUGGCAGGUAUUGCCCAGGGAGUCUACGCUCGCCACCUACUGGGCAAUGCCAGUGCGCCCAAUGCAGAUCAGUUCGGUCAGUGUGUGGAGCCCUUGGCUGAGGUUGCCUUGCAGAUUGCACAGGGGUCUCUCACAGGCCCUACAGAAAACAGGCUUUUCCUCCAGACAGCUAGAGGUGAAGCUGUUCUCCAGCAAGUCAAAGACUUCAUGACACAAUUCGUGCUUCCUGCUCAGGAGGAAGUUGCAGAGUACUACUCCAAACACGCUCAGUCCUCACAGAGGUGGCGCACUCCCCAAAUAAUAGAAGAUCUAAAGGUGAAAGCGCGGGAGGCGGGGCUGUGGAACCUAUUCCUGCCUGCAGUCAGCGGCCUCAGUCAGCUGGACUACGCCUACAUCGCAGAGGAAACUGGACGUUGCCUCUUUGCCCCCGAAGUCUUCAACUGCCAGGCUCCUGACACAGGAAACAUGGAGGUGCUGCACAUGUUUGGCAGUGAUGAGCAGAAAAGGAAGUGGCUGGAGCCGCUGCUCAGAGGAGAGAUCCGCUCCUGUUUCUGUAUGACAGAGCCCGAUGUGGCCUCCAGUGACGCAACCAACAUGGAGUGCACUCUUCAAAGGGAUGAGGACCACUACGUCAUCAACGGCAAGAAAUGGUGGAGCAGUGGUGCUGGAAAUCCUCAAUGCAAAGUGGCCAUUGUGAUGUGCAGGGGCCGUUCUCCAGAUGUUGGCAACAGGCACGGCCAACACAGCAUGAUUCUCGUCCCCAUGGACACACCAGGUGUAAAACGAGUCCGACCUCUCACCGUGUUCGGACAGGACGAUGCCGUCCACGGAGGCCACUUUGAAGUGCACUUUGAAAAUGUGCGUGUCCCUGCCUGCAACAUGAUUCUGGGAGAAGGGAGGGGGUUUGAGAUUGCUCAGGGCCGGCUGGGACCGGGCAGACUGCACCACUGCAUGAGAGCUGUCGGCCUGGCAGAGUUUGCACUGGAGCUGCUCUGCCAGCGAGCUGCCACCAGACAAACGUUUGGAAAGAAGCUGUACCAACAUGAAGUCGUUGCUCACUGGAUCGCAGAGUGUCGUCUCAUGAUUGAACAAACACGUCUGCUGACUCUGCACGCUGCCCAGGCACUGGAUACAGUGGGAAGUCGGGCUGCUCGCAAACAGAUUGCUAUGAUCAAGGUGGCAGCAGCCAGAAUGGCCUGUAAAGUGGUGGACUGUGCAAUCCAGGUUUACGGAGGCGCUGGUGUGUCUGGAGACUUCCCACUGGCACAGAUGUAUUCAUAUGUGCGGACUCUGCGCAUCGCUGACGGACCCGAUGAGGUUCACCUCUCCUCCAUCGCUCAUCUGGAACUGAGGGAUCAGCUAAAGAAGACUCAGGCCAAACUGUAAAGUAAUGAUCACACCAGCUGGACGUUUGUCACAACUAUUUUUGCCUUAACCAAAUGCUGCCUUUUGUUCCAAUAACUCUUGUGAAAUAUGUAAUAUAACCAAAAUGCAUUAAAUGUAAAUUUAAGACAAAUUUUCUGAAUGUCAAAACAUGAAACUUGAUUAAAAAUGACACUGGUUUAUUA